AUGUCAACAAUCAAGAAGGAUGGGGGCAAGAUCUUCCCGGACAAUGGUCCGGUCGAUCUGACUUACGACCGGGAGCAGCAAAUUUAUGAAAGUGGUGUUGAGAAGUUCAAUCAGCUAGGAUGGAAGCGCCUCACUAUCGUUCUGAUCGUGGAGGCUGUGGCACUCGGAACUCUCUCGAUCCCUUCGACCUUCGCGAAACUCGGCAUGGUGGCCGGUGUCAUCUGCUGUGUUGGUAUCGGUCUCAUCGCGGUCUAUACCAGUUACAUCAUCGGUCAGGUCAAGGUCAAAUUCCCCCAGAUCUCGAACUACCCGGAGGCAGGCAGGAUGAUGUUUGGUCGUUGGGGAUAUGAAAUCGUCUUUGCCAUGCUGUGCCUGGAGCUGUUGUUGUCCGCCGGAUCUCACUGUCUCACUGGCAAAAUCGCAUUCGAGAACAUUGUUGGAGGCCACAUCAUGUGCUCCGUCAUUUGGGCCUUUAUCUCAGCCAUCAUCUUGUUGCUCCUUGCGAUCCCCCCAAGCUUUUCCGACAUGGCUAUUCUCGGAUACAUCGACUUUGUUUCCAUCAUCAUCGCCGUCGGAAUCACGAUCAUCGGAACCGGCGUGGAGUCCAGCCAAUCGACUGGCCUUGCAGCUGUGAACUGGUCAGCUUGGCCCAAGGACAACCUUACCUUCUCCGAGGCAUUCAUCGCUCUCUCCAACAUCAUCUUCGCGUACAGUUUCGCGCUGUGCCAAUUCUCCUUCAUGGAUGAGAUGCACACGCCAACUGACUUCCCGAAGUCUGUGUGGGCUCUCGGUCUCGCGGAAAUCGGUAUCUACACCAUCACCGGUGCCUUGGUGUACGCCUUCGUUGGCCAGGAUGUUGCAAGCCCUGCUCUGCUUUCUGCUGGCAACCUUCUGAGCCGAAUUGCCUUCGGAAUUGCGCUUCCAGUCAUCUUUAUCAGUGGCUCCAUCAACACGGUGGUGCUGGGUCGACUUGUCCACGGCCGUAUGUUCAAGGACUCCAACAUCCGCUUCAUCAACACAAAGCUUGGAUGGGGUACCUGGCUCGCCGUUGUCACAGUCCUGACUAUUCUCGAGUUCGUUGUGGCAGAGGUCAUUCCCUUCUUCGAUGAUCUCCUGUCUUUGAUCUCGUCACUCUUCAUUUCCGGCUUCACUUUCUAUUUCCCGGCUAUCAUGUGGUUCAUGUUCAUCCGCGGUGAUAGCACCUCCAAGGGCUGGAAGUGGGUUCUUGGCGUGGUCAACGUCUUCAUUCUGAUCAUUGGCCUGAUCGUCCUCGGCGCUGGAACCUACUCGAGUAUUGUUGACAUCAUUAACUCCUAUGCCGAAGGUACCGUCGGAGGAGUGUUUUCAUGCAAGUCCUAG